GGCUUCCCUUCAAUACCAACCUAACAUUGUUGAUAAGAAUCGCAAAUUAACUCACUUCUAUUAUCCUCCUCUCACCACAAACCAUGGCUAUCACCACCUCCUUAACACUCUUCUUCUUCCUUCUACACUUCUCGGCACACCUCCAAGCGUACACCCCAGAUGAAAUUUUUACCAUCAAUUGCGGCACAACUGGGGAGUCCUCCGACGGUCAGAGAACGUGGACCGGCGACGCAGACACAAAGUACUUAUCUCCCCAAGAAGCCACUAUUUCAUACAAGGCAACAACACAGUCUAUUUCCGCCGAUCAAAUCCCCUUCUCCACUUCACGCUUGUCCCGUUCCCAAUUCAAUUACUCCUUCCGAGUCUCCUCAGGCACCAAAUUCGUUCGCCUCUUCUUCUACCCUGCCGACUACCCUUCCUUUCCCCGCAACCAAGCAUCCUUCACCGUUCAAUCCAACCAAUUUACUCUCCUCAACGAUUUCAACGCCUCUCUUAACGCCGACGCUCAAGCCACCGACACUAUUUUCAAAGAAUACGUGGUCAACGUCAACCACGGUAAGAGGCUUAUCCUCACCUUCACUCCCUCUCAUCCAAAUUCAUACGCUUUCAUCAAUGGAAUCGAGGUACUUUCCAUGCCAACGGAUUUAUAUUACACACCAGCAAAUGAGACAGGCUUCACGUUCCUCGGAAGUAGCACGCUGUACAACAUUGGGACUAGCUUUGCGCUUCAGACUGAGCAUAGGAUCAAAACUGGAUCGCAAGUAGAAAUCCCACCACAAAACGACAGUGGUUUGUUCAGGAAUUGGGUUAACGAAAAAGAUUAUUUUAUUGAACAAAAUUCACAGUUGAAUGAUGUACCAACUGACUACACUUAUAAGAGGAUAACCGUGAAUCCUGAUUACGUGGCACCAAAGGAACUGUUCAGAACAGCGCGUAACAUGGGCACAAACGCCACUUUUAACAAUAUGAGAAACCUCACUUGGGAGUUCCCCGUUGAUUAUGGCUUCACUUACGUUCUCAGGCUUCACUUUUGCGAGCUUGAUCCCGACAUUAAUGACAUCGGGGACAGGCAAUUCUUCAUUUACAUAGCGAGCCAGUUGGCUGAAGAACGUGCAGAUGUAAUGAAAUGGACUCAGAAAAAGAAAGGACUAGCUGUUCACAGAAACUACGCCGUUUUAAUUCCCAAUAAUGGUACUCAAAAGAAGUUUAAUCUCUUGCUCCAAAUGCAUCCUUACGAAUACCAUGUGGAUUCGAGAUACAGUGACGCCUUUCUGAACGGUGUUGAGAUUUUCAAAAUCAGUGAGGCCGGGUCAAACAAUCUGGCGGGACCUAACCCUGACCCGUCUCAGACUCCACACAACAGCAUUCAUGGCCAAAACGGAAAGAUCCGCUGGGGAAGUGGAAGGGUGAUAAUUGGCGUCGAAGUGGUGCUGCUAUCCGACGUCGUUCUGAUUUCUCUUGUCGUUUUCUUCGUCGCAUUUUUAGGACACAAGAGAACCACAUAUACUAAGAGUAAGGAUUACGAAUCCAAGUCAACGACCACGUGGAAUUCCUCCCUCCCGACAGAUCUCUGCCGCCGCUUCUCUCUCGACGAGAUGAGAGCGGCCACCCAAAACUUCGACGAGGUCUUCAUCAUCGGCACCGGAGGAUUCGGCCAGGUAUACAAGGGCUAUAUCGACGAGGGCUCCGUUCCCAUCGCCAUCAAGCGCCUUAAACCGGAUUCACAGCAGGGGUCUCGCGAGUUCCUGAACGAAAUCAAAAUGCUUUCGCAACUACGCCACCUCAACGUCGUGUCCCUCAUCGGCUACUGCAAUGAUAAUAAGGAAAUGAUCUUGGUUUACGAUUUCAUGACACGUGGCAACCUCCGCGACCAUCUGUACAACACGGACAAUCCCACUAUCUCGUGGAAGCAGCGGUUGCAGAUAUGCAUCGGCGUGGCGCAUGGACUGCAUUAUCUCCACACAGGAGCGAAGCACACGAUCAUCCACCGGGACGUGAAAACCACGAACAUCCUGUUGGAUGAUAAGUGGGUGGCCAAGGUUUCGGACUUCGGACUUUCAAGGCUCGGGCCCAUUGGAACUUCGAAGACCCACGUCAGCACCGAUGUGAGGGGUAGCUUCGGAUAUUUGGAUCCUGAGUAUUAUAAAAGAUACCGUUUAACGGAGAAGUCUGACGUGUAUUCUUUCGGAGUUGUGCUUUUUGAGAUACUAUGUGGUCGUCCCCCUUUGAUUCACAGUGCGGAGAGGGAACAGGUUUCCCUUUCUAAUUGGGUGAGACAUUGUUAUCAAAGUGGAACCAUAUCAGAGAUUGUUGAGCCCACGUUGAAGGAGGAGAUAGCAGCAGAAUGCUUGAAGAAGUUUUGUGAGAUUGGGAUGAGUUGUUUGUCGGAAAAUGGGUCCAUGAGGCCGGCCAUGGAGGAUGUGGCUCGGAUGCUGGAGUUUACUCUGGGGCUACAAGAAAGUGCGGAGCAUCGUCAAAAUGUUGAUUUUGCUAUUCCUAACUGAGUAGUGUGCAGAGUGUAAGUUAUUUCUCAUUCCUUAAAAUAUCAGAAAAGAAAACAUAAAAACCGUCCCAAGGAAACAACAAUAUAUGGGAAUGGCUGGAAAGGGAUCAACAUAGAUUCUUCGUAUUUCUGUAGAUUUUUAAAGUAAAAGAAUAAUUAUAUUUGUAAGAAUUAACUUCUGCAAUUUUCUUAAAACUAGAAAAAUGAUUAUGUGUAAAUUUAAAACUAUUCAUGGUAAGACAAGGAGAGAUAGUCCGAAGCAAUUAACUCCUCUGGUUAUUAUUUUUUUAGUUCUCUCCCUUAUUUUCAAAAGAAAAAGGAAAAUAUAUAGUAAAAACCAAAAUUUGACAACUUCUCUUAUUAUACGAGGUGACAAAAUUUUUUUAAUUUUAAUUUUUUUUGCACAAUUUUUACAUUGGUCAUGCUUUUGAAAGAAGCGCGAGAGAAAAGGAGGUUUUCAUUGCUCGUGUGAAGAGUGAAGAGUAGUUAGUGUGUAUUGUAGAACUAAUCAAGUGGAAAAGCAGUUAUCAUUGCUUCGUCUUUCGCUUCCACUGAAGUUGUUCAUCUUCCCCUCAAGAUCAUUCAUUUCACCUGAGCUGAAAGCCCAUUAUCUUCUUUCAUUCCCCGUUUGGUGUGUUUUUUGCCCAUGUUGUAGUUGGUGGAGAAGGUGUGGGUUUACGGAGUGGUGGAAGUUCUUCGUGGGUAGUUCUUCUUCUGAAUCUUGGUCGAAAAGAGGCCUUUUUCCACUACUGUAGUUAGUGGUGUGGAUAUUUCAGGAGCUGCAUUUUGUUUGGGUAUUCAAGAAGUUGUUGGGAGGUAAGUAAAACAUUCGAAAGUUGUAUCUUUGGUUGUCUUCAUGGGUUGUUUUUUACUUAGAUUUUGGUCAAUGAAAGGAAAUGUUUUUUUUUGUUUAGGGUUGAUUUUAAUUCCAUAUUGCAGUAUUUUGUUUUGUUCAAAAGAAAGAAAUGAGGUUACUUGUUGUGGUUGUUGUUUGCUUGGUGACUGCAUUUUGGUUUUGGGUAGAAGGUAUAUGCUACUGAUUUGGUUUUUCAUGAAAGCGAAAUGGUUGGGAAACAAAAAAGAAAUUCUUCACAAGAAAAAUUGAAGAAGGAUGUGAAUAAAGGAAGGCAGCUGAGAGCAGAAAGAAAGCAUAUGUGAGUGAUGCCAUAGCUUCUGAUAAGAAAGAGGUUCGCAUUGAGCACUGUUGCCAAACGAAAUACAUUGUCCAAGCAAAUGCACUAUUGAGUAGUACUACCUGUGCAAAACUUGAAUUAACACCUUUUUCUUCUUGCCUAUGACUAAAGAAGGAGCUCAACAUCAAUUGUUCGUUGCUAAGAGAGGUCUUGAGUCGAUGGGUUCCCAAUGGGGAAUUCAUCCAAGUUAGCCAGUAGUUGGUUAAGUUAAGUUGUUCAGAUGUGAGUAUAUGUUUGGGGUUAAGUGCAGCAGGCAAUGAUGUUGUUUUUUAUAGUGACUUGUGCGAGGAAAUCGGGUUUCUUUUUUCGUCUAAGGAAAUAAAGGUCACUGACAUAAUUAAAAGGAUGAAUCGGGUUUGUUAUUGUAAUGAUAACUUGUCUUUUCAUUUUUCAACUUGACAUUUUCUUUAGUUAUUGUAAUGAUAACUUGUCUUUUCAUUUUUCAACUUGACGUUUGCUUUUGUU